CUGAGCCAUACAUAUUUCUUCUUUUAUCGUAGACGUUUCGAUUUUUCUUUGCGUGUUAAGCGGUUAACAAUCUAUUAGUAACUUAUUUAUUUAAAUUUGGUUUAUUAGUCUUCAAACGUAAAAAGCAAGAGAAAAACAAAUGCAAAUAUCAAAAUAAAAAGUAAUACUAUUGAAACCGAGAAAGUCAAACGUCACAAAGAAGCCAAACCAAGCGAAAGUGUUAGUGAGAUUGAGUAAAAUCUCAAUGCAAGUACAAAGAGUUGAGAUAUAAAAUUGUGUAAAUAAGAAUACAAAAGAAUAUUUGUUUGUCCUCAAAGAGAAAAGGAAACAACGAGGAUUUUUAUCCACCCAAGAACAAACCAAUUUUUAUUACAAAAAAUAAACAAUAACAACUACAACACAAUCAUACACACCAAACAAUGUCGAUAAACAAAUUCACAAAAGGCCUUUCUGCGGACGAAAAAGCAGAGAUUCAGGAGAAAUUCACAGAGAUUGAUGCCAACAAAGAUGGCUUCAUUGAUCUUAGCGAGCUUAAAUCUGCUUUGGAUCAAGUUGGCUUCAAAUUGCCUGGCUAUCAAGUGCGUGAGAUGAUUGAUGAAUUCCAAAAUAAACAGCGCACAGCCCAUCAGGGCAAACUUAAUUUGGAGGAGUUUGAAAAUUUGUGUUUGGAUCUCAAGUCAAAGGAUGUUGCCAGCACAUUCAAGACCGUCGUCUCAAAGAAGGAAAAUCUUGAAACCUUGGGUGGUAUGUCGAGCAUCUCAUCGGAAGGUACAACACACUCGGUGCGCUUGGAAGAGCAAUUGGCUUUCUCCGAUUGGAUCAACUCCAACUUGGGCCACGACCAAGAUCUGAAACAUCUACUUCCCAUAGAUGCUGAGGGCAAACGCUUGUACCAAUCAAUUAAGGAUGGUAUUUUGUUGUGCAAAAUUAUUAAUCACUCCUGCCCCGAUACCAUUGAUGAGAGAGCCAUUAACAAGAAAAAUCUCACUGUCUAUCGUGAGUUUGAGAACUUGACAUUGGCUUUGGUUUCGUCGCAAGCUAUUGGUUGUAAUAUUGUCAAUAUUGAUGCCCACGAUUUGGCCAAGGGCAAACCUCACUUGGUUUUGGGUUUGCUAUGGCAAAUCAUUCGCAUUGGUCUCUUUAGUCACAUAACCUUGGAUAGCUGCCCGGGAUUGGCAGGGCUUUUGUUCGACAAUGAACGUUUGGAAGAUUUAAUGAAAAUGUCACCAGAAGCUAUUUUGCUACGUUGGGUCAAUCAUCACUUGGAGCGUGCUGGCAUUUCCCGCCGUUGUACCAACUUCCAAUCGGAUAUUGUUGAUUCGGAAAUCUAUACGCAUUUGCUCAAGCAAAUUGCUGGUAACGAUGUCGAUGUCAAUAUGGAUGCCUUGCAUGAAAAAGAUUUGGUAUCUCGUGCCGAAAUUAUGUUGCAACAAGCAGCCAAAUUGAACUGCCGCAGCUUCUUGACACCACAGGACGUUGUCAAUGGGGUCUACAAGUUAAAUUUGGCUUUUGUUGCUAAUCUAUUCAAUAAUCAUCCUGGCCUAGACCAACCGGAACAAGUUGAGGGUCUUGAAUCCAUUGAGGAAACGCGCGAAGAGAAAACUUACCGUAAUUGGAUGAACUCCAUGGGUGUGAGCCCACAUGUGAAUUGGUUGUAUUCGGAUUUGGCUGAUGGCUUGAUAAUCUUCCAAUUGUGCGACAUUAUUAAGCCUGGCAUUGUCAACUGGAAUCGCGUCCACAAACGUUUUACACCGCUGCGCAAAUUUAUGGAAAAAUUGGAGAAUUGUAAUUAUGCUGUGGAGUUGGGCAAGCAACUUAAAUUCUCCCUGGUUGGUAUUGCUGGGCAGGACCUGAAUGAUGGAAAUGCAACCUUAACUCUAGCUCUCAUUUGGCAACUGAUGCGAGCCUAUACUUUAUCUAUCCUCUCCCGAUUGGCCAAUUCUGGCAACCCAAUUGUCGAAAAGGAGAUUGUACAAUGGGUCAACAGUAAACUUUCAGAGGCCGGCAAAGAAACGUCUCUCAAGAAUUUCAAUGAUCCAGCCAUUGCUGAUGGUAAAAUUGUUAUUGACCUCAUUGAUUCCAUCAAGGCUGGCAGUAUUAAUUACGAUUUGGUGAGAACCGGUGGAACAGAAGAGGAUAACUUGGCCAACGCUAAAUAUGCCAUUUCUAUGGCACGCAAGAUUGGUGCACGAGUUUAUGCUCUACCAGAAGACAUCACUGAAGUUAAACCCAAGAUGGUUAUGACCGUGUUCGCCUGCAUGAUGGCUUUGGAUUACAUCCCCAACAUGGAUAGUGUUGAGAAUCAAAACAACAUUAACAAUAGCAAUUAAAUGACAAGCCAAGAUGCCAAAUGCAACAACAUACCAACCUAAACAUCGAGAAUAAAUCCACCUCCACAACAAAUAUUUAUGAUAAAAACUGAUUGAUUUAUGAGAGAAAGAAAAUGUGAAUUGAAAAGAAAAUAACAAAAGGGAUGGGUAUUGUGCAUAAGGAAGCUUUUAAAAUGACGAUUCGAAUCAAGCAGUAUUGGAACAUAGUGCCGUUUUUUGUGCAGCGAUUCACAUAAAGGACCAUAACCUUCCUGAAGCAUAUACACAUACACACAAACCACGCCAAUUAAGUAAUUAUGUAUUUAUAUAUAUUUUUUUAGACUUACGUAUAUUUUUUGUACAAAUGUAACCCGUUGAAAUUAAAUGAUAAUCUUUUAAGCUUAAAUUUCAACGUCAUUUGUAAGCUUGUUUUGACUUACUUUUUAUAUACUACUAUUAUAAAAAUACGUACCGAUAUGAUUUUAAAGUAAAUCUUUUAUUUUGUUGAAUUUCGAUUGCGUUCUACGUAGAAAUAUUUUGUUUCAAAAAACCUUAUUUUAUAAAUAAAGGUUAAGCUAUAGAAAUAAAAAGCAUAAACAAACAAUGAGAGCAGUGCAUAAAAAAAUACAAAGAGGAGGAGUAGGCACAUUUGCUAUUAAGAUGUGAGAAAUAAAUAAAUAUAUAUUUUUAUACGACUGUCUGUAUCUCUCUAUUUAAUUGUAAGCUUUGGCAGAAACCUUGCAGCCAUCAUGUCUUUCAGUUCCUUAACAGUUCAGACAAAAAUCUAGCACAAGAAAUUUGCGCGCUCUACAAGACGCACAUUGAUUUUCAGAAAAAUUACAAAUAUCCGCCUCAGUGCCAUCAAGUAAUUGUGGAGCAAACUACAAGAGACACAAGCAUUCAUUUUAUACGCGUGCAACUACACAAGUGCGUGGAAUGUGCAAUAGAAACUACCCUCCACCUAUAUAGAUAGGUAUAAACGAAUUUUGUCGUAUGUCUAAGCUUAACCCCUUGAGGCACGAAGAGUUGUAUAGAAAAAAAAAGACACCACAUAAUUUAAGUUUUAUUUUUUUUUUUAAUUUUAUUUUAAAUAAGUUUAAAGGUCAUAAGAGAAAAUAAAUCGAAAAGAAAAUCCACAAGUAUCUGUAUUCUGUAUAAAGAUUAUAAAAACCAAUAAAAAAUAAAUUCAAACAAAAACUGCAACAUAA